CAAGGAUUCAGAAAUGAGCCACCAGACUCAACUCCACCUCAUCUCAUGUUGUGUCUUGCGUCGACCGCAGGCUGGCGGUAUAGCCAGAGAAGAUCAACGUGUCGCCUACAUCUCACCAAUCCGAACUCCCUCCUACCUUUGCAAUUCUCUCUCACUCUACGGAAAUUGAGGUUUGCCCACCGGUCGCUACCGCGCACGCCUCGUUCACUGACUCCGGUCCUCAGCUACGUCUGGCAGUCAAGAGUCAGAAGCCGAUAUGGGGACACAGCGGUCUACCACGUCUCGCGCAGCAUCAAGUUCAACGCCGACGGUGCAGUCCGCCUCAAUGUCAGCAACCCUGUCCGGAGUGAGGGCGUCCCUUGAUGCUACCCCAACAACACCCAAGCGGCCGCCAAAUGCAGCUUCACCUCCCAGGCCCGCCGCUUCGUCUCGGAGCUUGCGCACCUACACCCUUACUCCCUCUGCUCCGGCCAUUGGCACGCCAGAAUACAAGAAGAGUACAGCCGCUACAUCCUCUACGGUAAAGACGGACCAUCCGCUAUCCUCUGAAGCGUCUGCUCCGCCUCGCGCAGCUGAUGACAGCGACUUCCUGGACAGCGAUGGGGAGCUGGAUGUGGAUGCGGAUGGAGAGGAAGUGGAGAGUGUAUGCGAGCUAGCAGAAACCCAACCAGGUGGAACCAGCAGUACACAAGCAACAUCGUCCAGUUUUGUUUCUCUCGACGAGGGGCGGUCGAGUCAGUCGGCCAUGCCCGAGCAUCCCCUGAUCGCAAUGACACCGAUACUCAGCUUCACUUGGUUCGACAAGGAUCGCAUGCCCAGUCCUACGGAGUGCCAGGCGGACCAUGGUCGCAAGUGUGUCGUGAUGCCCGAAGACCGCAAGGCUGAACGGGAACAGAAGAAGUUUCAGUGGCUCUCCAUCGACGUCGACUUGGGAUACCUCAGCUUCUACAAGGACUGGGGACCGCUCAAUAUGGCCAUGUUUUAUCGCUUUUGUUUGCACGUAGCUUGCAUGCACUUGGAUCCGGAUGAAGAUCAUCUCGUGCUGUACACCUCUUCAGAUCCACACAACAAGGCAAACGCGGCGUUGCUUGCUGCCAUGUAUGCGAUGGUCAUCGAAAGGCUUUCCCCUUGCGAUGCCUUCCAUCCAUUAGCUGAGCUUGAGUUUGAGCCGUUCAGAGACGCUGGCUAUGGGCGAGCCGAUUUCUGCCUCACAAUUCAAGACGUGCUGUACGGAUUCCACAAAGCACGAGAGUGCGACGUCUUGCAGCUCGAGAAUUUCAACCUGGACGAGUAUGAGUGGUACGAAAGGGUAGAGAAUGGUGAUUGGAACUGGAUCACGCCCAACAUCAUCGCCUUUGCGUCGCCGAACGACAAGGGGUGGGAAGCGGGCUUGAAGUUGCCGCCUGCUGAGCGCGAGAAGAGAACCAACGCUGCUUUUACCCGCUCCAUCAAGUACUUCAAGCAGCAUUCCGUGGGUGCAGUUGUCAGACUCAACAACCCUCUGUAUGAUCGCGAGGCGUACGAGCGCGUUGGAAUCGAACAUUAUGACAUGUACUUCGACGAUGGCUCCAAUCCUUCCGACCAGAUUCUACGGGCUUUCAUCAAGUUGGCCGAUGAGACUGUAAACAAAGGCAAAGUGAUCGCAGUGCACUGCAAAGCUGGACUCGGCCGGACGGGUGUAUUGAUUGGCGCAUACCUCAUCUGGAAACAUGGCUUUACCGCUCAAGAAGUCAUUGGAUUCAUGCGCAUCAUGAGGCCCGGAUGUGUAGUCGGACCCCAGCAGCGCUUCAUGUACGAGAACUUUGUCGAGUGGAUUCGAUGGAGUACGCGCGAUAUUGCACUCAAGGAAGCGAGGGAAGCUAUCGAAGCGGAGAAAGAGGCGCUGAAGAAGCAAGGUUUCGUAGAAGGGAGAAAAAGUCGCAAACGUGGUGCAGAAGACGAAGCGGACGAUACAUCAACGUCUACCGAGGAGCGGGAAGAGCGUGCUGUGGAUGGACUUGUCACGCCCCGUGCCAAGAGAACACUUGCGGAGGUACCAAGCAGUGUAGCGCCAGCGAUAAAGCCCACACCUUGCGUGGGACAGCCUCGAAAGAGCCCCAAGUCGACCAGGAAGCGCCAGGCUACUGCGCUGCGGCACGUCUCUUCCAUCGGCUCGCUGACGCAUGACACGCGCACAAAGAGCAUGCCGGACCCUGCGGAGGCUGAGGCUGCAAAAAGCACCGCUGCCCCUGUGACGGGCUUCAUGCCCAGGUCUGUGAGCGACGAGAGCCUCAAAGCGCUUGCUGAGAACAUCAGCAACCAUUCUGGCAAGGCACCGCCUACGCCCGGCCCCUCUGUACGGCUGGAAGCUGCUGGCACAGGCAUGCGCGGAGGCACGCCUCCUUUGGCACCUUCUACACCCGGCAGAGUAUUGGGCGAAGCUCACCGCAUCAACAUGCAGGCCGGGCACGGUGGUGGAGUACUGCCAAUGGGACUGUCUACGCCACCUAACCCGUCCGGCAGCUUUACAAAGAUCAAAGCUGCGACAGUCGGUCGUCCCGUCAGGACACACCAUGAGCGAAGACAGAGCACGAUUGCAGCUCCUACCUUCAUGGUCGAUGAUGUUUUUACGGAUGCACCGCCUUCUGCGCACGCUUUUGCGCCUCCGUCUUCAUCAGCUGGCGGUGCGCGGACAGCGAGCCCUCGGAUACCGACUUUCCGCGCAAGUCCUCAGAUCAAGACAAAGUAUGGUCUGCGCGAUACGAGCAAAGACCAUGCGCCGGGGUCGAGCAUAGAAGUCGAAGAUGGUGCGAGGUCAAAAACGUCAUCAGCAGAUGGCGCGGGGAAUGGCGUUGCGGAUAGAGUUGGCAGCAGUCAGACAUCGGAGACGAGCGCCAGCAGUCGUGCGUCUGCGCAAAGAUCCGCAUCCGGCAGCUCCGCACGAAGGCAAAAGAUGUCUGGGGCGACUCGCAUACCCAGCGGCUCGAGCAGGACGCGGACAAACGGAACGGCGCAAUUGUCUGUCAGCGCGAAGCGCGCAGCAGCGUCGUCGUCUUCGCAGCAGCUGCAGCAGCAGCAUGAGACGUGCAACGCGGCGACUGGGACGAAUGGGCCCCGAUCGGGCGUUGCGCGCGUCGCUGCGGCUACCAAGAGACUCUACGGACCGACCGUCGCAUCGCUGGCAAGAUCUCGAGGUGCUGAAGCUCCUGAUUCAUCCUCAUCCUCACACGCAUCCUCGGCUGCCUCUUUGACCGCAAGCCCUCAGCUCUCUGCAUCCAGCAGGUCCGCGAGCCGAACGCCUAGCGCGGUCAAUGGCGCUGUAAGACUUGGACGGGUGCGACCGCGAAGAAGCAGCUUUAGCGAUGCGGACCUCCAAAUUUGAAGCGAUUGCCCACCUGGGCCCCGUUUUUUCUUUUCCCGGACAGAAAACCGCAUCGCGUCUUGUCUCCUAUGCAUCCUUUUUCCGUGCAAUCACCAAUGCUUUGCCCCCCUCCACCAAACUUUAUGCAUGCACGGCCAGACGGUGAAGAGGAGCGGAUGGGUGCCUCGAACGCCUCGGGGAGCCGAGUGGCUGGCUGAUGCGUGGUGGAGCGUAUGCAGGAAAUGUGUGCGCAUUGCGAAAGAUGGUGUGUUGCUGCAAGGGAUGAGAGACGCGCACAGUACAGUACAGUAGGACAAGAAGGCGACUCUCGAAAGACGAUGAAUGUGUGUGUGUGUGUGUGAGAGAGUGU